CCUCCAACAAAACACGAGAAUCUCUACACCAAUUUCCAGCUCUCCUCCACCCUCCCCUUCAACGUCCAUUCUAAUUCAAGGUGGAGAUCUCCAUUCUGUGAUAUUCAUUUACUUCGACCCAAUGCAAUCUCACUCCCCAUCAUGACUCCAGCCUCUCGCUGACCAGGUUUCUGCGCGACUUGAUUCCUCCCACACGUCGCGUGUGCCCGACCUAACCUGGUCCCUUGCACCUUCCCUGCCCCUCCAACCUUCCUCGACUUUGAUAUAUUCCUCAACCACCACACUUCCCGCACUUCCCCCUCUCUGCUCUUCAUUCUGAGGGCCAGAGUCGGAUGGCUGCUAUCGAUUCCUUUCAUUCAUCACAUCAACCGUCCAUCACCAUGGCAAAUCGACGAGUGCCGCUCGCACAAGUCCCCAAUGCUGUCAAUUCACCGCUGAGGCACAACACUCUGUCAACCACUGCUCCCAAGCGAUCUCGCUCGCAGGCUGUCGAUGCCAAAGAGUCCUUCUUUGGCCAGCAGCCACCUGCAAAGAAGCAGAUAAUUGAGGUCACCGACCCGGAAGCACGUCGAGGAGCUCUGCCCCGACGGACCAACGCGAGCCAACCCACGGAGCUUCAACUCAAGUUCGAGGCGGUGCGAGAUGCAAAGGCUUCCGCCCGGAAUAAACCCACUCAACAACCCGUGGACAGCAAUCUGGAGCAUAUCAGGACCUGGCAACGACAUUACAAGCGGGCAUUUCCCCAAUAUACAUUCUAUUUCGACAAUGUCCCCGACGAUGUGAAACCCAAAAUUUCCAAGCAACUACGCGUAUUAGGGGCGCGCGAAGAGAAGUUCUUCUCUAAGUCAAUCACCCAUGUCGUCACGACGCGUCCCAUUCCCCCAGAGUACAAGUCAUCGAGCUCCGCAAAUGGACGACCUCCAUCCUCGCAUGGGAAAGACCAGAGUAUGGCCAACGGCCAACCGCAAACUAUCAAUCCAUCCUUACUGGAGCGUACCCAAGGCGAGAAGUCCCAGAAGGGCAAAUUCAACUUCGACGCACCUAUGACGCGGGCUGCUCAUGCAACAGCGCAGAGCUUGUUCCAAGAUGUCGAGACACGCAAGCAAUACGGCCAUUCAGCGGACAUCCUCCACAAGGCCAGGGAGAUGGGGAUGAAGAUCUGGGCUUUGGAGAAGUUGCAACGUAUGAUGACGACCAUGUUCGAGACCGACACUGGCGAACAACCCAAUCUGCCGGUCCUCGACCGGGCUGGGAAAGAUGCCAAUCUGCAGCAAUUGCUCCAGAAGGAGAAAAUUACCGGACCAGCAAAUGUGUCCCUAGCUUCGCAGGAAAUGGUCACUUUCAGUGGAUACUACAUCUACGUACACGACCAGGACGAAAAGACCAAACCCAUCAUGAUACGGGACUAUCAAAAACCCGACGAUGGUCCGGGGAAUUGGCCCCAGCUUCAUGCUUCCUCGGCAGGGCGAUGUCCAUUCAUUGAAGAUCCUGACAGGCAUGCUAGGAAGUACGCUCGUGAGAGGCAGGCUUCUCCUCGUCGAAAACCUGUGUCUUUCGCACCCACUGCCGCAAAGACUCGUUCUGCCAUUCCACGGGCUAGAGAUGAUCGAUCUCGAUCUCGACUGGCGGACCCGGAACGUCGCCCGCUUGCUGAGAAUAACAGCACUAAUGUAGUACGCUAUGACAGCACCCUCGCCGGCCACACCGAGAAGUCUCCUGCCAAGCCAUCAGAUCCGUCGAUGGCCCCACCCAAGAAAGGUACCGUGGAUGGGAUUGCACCUCUCUUCGGUAGUGCCCAACUCAAGAUGCGUAUGCCUCCUCGCGUCGUCGGUGGAGAGCCAGUCGCUUCUGGAAUCCAGCCAUCCCACAUAACCUCGGCGAUUCGCUCGCAGAUGAUCUCCUCCACCGCCGCUGGCACAGGCGUUCGCGCAGGAACCAGCCGGGAAGUCCACCAACUGCAGAGGAAAGUCCUCGAACGCAACAGCGUUGCUUCAGGGAGCGGCAGUGUGCCUUCGUCCUACCUCAACGACGUUCGCGCUGCCAUCAACACGGGCCUCCGAGACGCUCCGCCUCGGGCAGCCAAGCUCAAAGCACAGGAGACUUUAGGCUACAUCCAUGAGGAUAUGACACCGUCCGAGGAGCGGACCCGGAAGUUGAAGAAGACGGUCAUUCGAAAGAGGAAGGCGGAGAAGGAAGCGAAGCCUGGGUACUGUGAGAAUUGUCGGGAGAAGUUCGCCGACUUUGAUCAGCAUUGCCUUUCUCGCAAACACCGCAAAUUCGCUUCCACUAUCGAGAACUGGACGGAGCUGGACGAUCUUUUGUCCCAACUAGAGCGUCCGGUUCGCGGAGAGAUGAUGGUCUGCGAUUAGUUCAGAGGCAACACGCAGCAUGCAUGGCUGCUCAUUUCGAUGAUACAUGGAGCGAACUGAAAAGCCUUUGAUCACGAUUACGGCGACCAUCUUUGUCAGGUAUUCACUUCCACUACACGAGUUUCUUCUUCGUCUAUCGUCUUGUACGCAUAUGGAGGCCGUUCGACACGAUGACCACGCUCAUCCACUUGUCACGUAUCUUUCUGCUGUUACGUUCCGGGGUCCGGGAGCAUGGUUUGGUGAUGUACUUUUUUACGGAUACGGAUAGGACACGGUCAAAUCCAGUGCAGCAUUUCCAUGGGGCUCUCAUGCAUGGUACCUUAGCUUGUCGGUCUCAUUAGCAUGGCGCAGCGCUUUUAUGUACGGUGUAGGUUUAGCGUUGCAUAGCUUUUCUGGAAAUAGGACAAUGGAAAUAUUCUUUGG